CUCUUCGCUCGGCGGAAGGGCCUAACGUAAUCGGAGAGACGGAGGUGAGGGAUGGCGGGCUGACGUCAAAAACUCAGAUCUGGAGACGUCUUGGGGCGCGACAAAUGAGUCAGCAGCCGGGAUGCUGCUGGCCGGCUGCUGCUGCUGCUCCGAGGUGCGGCUGCGUCUGGCGGCGCUGAUCCUGUCCUUGGUGGCGCCGGAGGCGGGCGUCAUCGCCGGGGCAGACGUAGACGCCUCAUCAUCCUCCUCCUCCUCCUCUUCGUCGUCGUCGGCUGACAGCGAGCGUCUGGACGCCGCGCGUCGUCUGCUCGCCGAGUCGCCCCUGAUCGACGGGCACAACGACCUGCCGUGGAACAUCCGCAAGUUCGUGCACAACCAGCUGAAGGAGUUCAACUUCGCCGGGGACCUGAAGGCCGUGGCUCCGUGGUCCAGGAGUCCCUGGUCCCACACAGACCUCAAGAGGCUGAGGAAGGGCAUGGUGGGGGGACAGUUCUGGGUGGCCUAUGUCCCUUGCGAGUCGCAGAAUCUGAACGCGGUGCAGUUGACCUUGGAGCAGAUAGACCUGAUCAAGAGGCUGAUCGACAAGUACCAGCAACACAUGCAGUUCGCCUCUUCAACCGAGGAGAUCGUGGAGGCGCACAACGGAAGGAGGAUAGCGAGCCUGAUCGGCGUGGAGGGAGGACACAGCAUCGGCAACUCGCUGGCCAUCCUCAGGAUCCUGUACGACCUCGGGGUCCGCUACAUGACGCUCACUCACACCUGCGACACGCCUUGGGCUCACUCUUCUGCAGUUGAACAUACCUCAAAACCCUAUGAAAAGGGUGGUUUGACCAACUUUGGUAAGGCGGUGGUCGGCGAGAUGAAUCGACUCGGCAUGAUGGUCGACCUAUCGCACGCGGCCGUGGCCACGAUGCGAGACGCCCUGGCGGCCAGCUCCGCCCCGGUCAUCUUCUCCCACUCGUCCGCCUUCAGCCUCUGCAACUCGUCCAGGAACGUGCCUGACGACGUGCUGCGGGAACUGGCAGCGAACGGGGGCCUAGUGAUGGUGACGUUCUACAAUUUCUUCGUGAAAUGCGGUCCUACAGCCACCGUUGCCGACGUCGCCGAGCACAUAAACUACAUCAGGAACCUGAUUGGUGUGGACCACAUCGGCGUUGGUGGAGACUUCGAUGGAAUCAACAGGACUCCCCAGGGCCUGGAGGACGUCUCCAUGUACCCGGAGCUGUUCGCAGAGCUCCUGAAGAGCAGUCGCUGGACGCUGAAGGACCUCAAGAAGGUUGCCGGUCUCAACCUGCUACGGGUUUUCGGCGCCGUGGAGCGGGUUCGCGACCAGAUGAAGCACGCCGGGGUAGCGCCCUCGGAGGACUACCUGAAGGACCCCGUGCAAGACGGGUCCAAGUGCGUCUUUGACGUGGACAGCUCCAGCGGGAACAUGAUCUGUUGAGGGACUGCGUCUUUUUUUCUUUUCUUUUUUUCAUUUUGGACUCGAGUCCGGUGACCGGGGGAAGAUAUAAAGAAAGAAAAGUGGGGGGGGGGAAUAAAAAGAUGCCCUUUCGCGCAAGUAGAACGUCCUUUCAGCGUCCGGACGGAAAGUGCGUCACAUCUAGUGUGCUGCGAGGGUAUCCCCCUUCUCCUUAUCACGACCUGUCCUAUCAGGGGUGUUGUCUGUGCUAGUGAGGCGGGAUGAUAAACGCGACGCUCGCUGGUGCUUCUAGCGCGGUGUCUCCUCUGGACUGGCGCGCAGUCUUCUCGUCGUGCACAUGAGCGGUGUCCGUAACAUUACAUGGCGGAGAAAUGAAGAUAAAGGUGUAAUGCAAGUCCCUUGACUGCUUUCAAGAAUCUGUACCGGUUGUUUUACGCCUAAAAAAUUACUCUGAAAACACGCGUUUUAGCCAUUUUUAACUCUUCUAAAACUACAGUUUAAAAACUUAAUCCGAAAUCAAAAGUAUUUUCUGGCCCUCAGCGAACUCUUAAAUGCUUUUCGUAAGCAGACCCCCACUAGGAUAUCUCGAGUAGUUUUGAAAUCACGUUGUUUUUCCUGAAGCUCUGCGCACCGUAUGUGUGUGCCUGGGUAGACGGAGCCCUUAACCACACGACAAGUUUAUUACCUUAAAUUGUCAUGCUUAUACAAGCCUGUGUGUGUGUGUGUGGCCAUCUUGGAUUAACUUGACCUUAAAACAUUUUGCAAAAAUUGAAUCAAAAUUUCCAGAUUUUAUAGAAAAACAUUUCCGCCGAAAAAAAUAUAUUUUUUUUAAUAUAUCUGAACACUCAAAAUUUUACAUUUUCGAAGGAAUGUAUUAUUUUACAUCAGAGGUUGCCGAAUUGGCAAUCUUGCCCCGGGUUAUAGAACGUCAAUAUAGUUUUAAAAGGGAAAAAUAUCUGUAAUUAGGCUAUACGAAAUGUGAAAUGCAACUCGCUAUAAAAUAGGAAACACUGUGAUGCAAUAGGGGCCGUCGAUAUUGUUGAUGAUUAUAGGCGGGAAAACGAUAAAGGAAAGGGGGGUGGGGGGUAAAUAUUCUUGAAACCCAGGCUCCAGAGGGGAAGGCGGGCUGUUUGAAUUUCCAGACAUAUGUUAAUGCGUGUGUUCACCCUGAUAAUACAAAUAAAUUACAAGACUAUUGCUAAUAGGAUUCAUUUGAAACCCUGCAAGUUAUUCUAUAUGCGCGAAUCACAUUAUUUACAGAUACCGCCGGUAUGACAACGUCUAAUAAAUAGAUGUAUACCGGCUGCACGCGCGAAAAAGUGUCCCGUUACGCACAUUGUUCCGU